GCCAAGUCGUAUCUUGUUGGCAGCUCCGUAUGAACCGUCACGGCGACGACAAUGAACGGUACGGGUCGCUCGGCGCCAUUCAGCGUCACAUUCAGUCGGAGCUCGACGGGCUUCGCAAAAUGCUCGAGCUACAAGAGGCAGCACCCGCCAUUCACUGUGUUGCUCUCCCAAAGAAACCAGAUACAACUUUUGCGAUAUACCCCAGUGCGCCACCACUUCUUCGCUGCGAGACGCUUCUCGUCGCGGCCGAGGAAAGCACCGUCGCCCUCGUGACGCAGCUCGCGCACGAGCAGUCGUCGAUCGCUGAAGCCCGCGCGACGACCGAAACCAAGUGGAAGGACAUUGCGCUCGGCCAAGAACAUGAGAUCACACGGCUUAACGACCAACUGCGCUUGCUGCGCACCGAGCUCCGAGACGCGAUCCAACGCAACGCGUGCGCCCAAGAGGAUUGGAGCACGACUGCCCGUGUGACGGCCGCACGCAACGACGAGCUUCAAGCGCUCUUGGCCACGUCGCAGGCCAACAACGCCGUCUUGAUGGACCAAGUUCGCGCCCAGCGAGAGGCCCUUGACGAGGUGCAGACGCGUCUUCGACGGCAUGGUGAGAAGGAAUCCAGUGACGAACAUACCAUCACGGUUCUCCGAGAUGCGUGCGACGCCGAGCGCCGCGCCAAAGACAAACUCGAGGCGCUCCUUAUUGCGAUGGUGCAGGCAGCGAAUGCUCGACCGACGACGCAUGAUUUUCGAACGGUCCUCGAUGUCCCAUCAACGACGCUCUUGCACGCUGCCUCGACAAAGCCGCCGGUAGCACCAUCGGCCAAGCCGCGGCCGGUCGUGGAGACACUCCCGGUGACGCCAAUGUGGAAAUAGAGCAAAGGUCAUCAAGUGAGCCAAACUAAUAAAAUACAUGGACAAUAAUGUCUUGACUAGACCG